UUGCUGGAUUGCAAGCUAAGGUUACACUUUCUGCAAGAAAAAUUUGUUUGAUACUAAGUACUGUUCUUGAAAGCUAGCAAUAAGAAUAAGAACAAGGAACACUCUAAAGCAAAAAAAAAUGUUUAAUACUAAAAAACCACCAGAGUUUUGUCCAUAAGGGCUGCUGGCACCAGUGGCCAGUAGCAGCAGUCGCAGCACAGCAGCGGCCAUGGUGGCAAUAAAAUGGGAGAAAGAAUGUAGAGCUUGUUCAAAUCUUAGCUCGCUCUUGUCUGUGCCACUCUCUGCCAGUGCCGCCGUGCUCCGGGAAACUCCGGGAGGAUCCAAAGCCUGAGAUACGGUAAUGGUGGCCGAGGCGAGCAUUGCUUUACUCUCAGUAGCUUCUUUAAGUGCUGGGCUGCCAGAGUUUAAAGACUUGCGCCUGGCGGACUAGAAGAGGGUCUUCGAAUUUUCUCUGCUGCCAUUGUCUUGGUGUAGUCUUUCCGGCCAGGUGUGUGCUUCUGCCAAAUCCGUAUCCCUCCCUCCAUUCGAAUAUGGGGAAGUGUAUCAGCAAGCCAGUAGCGGUGGAUCCUCCAGCUGAAAAGCCCAAGACGGAUAGCCAUCCUGGAGAGUCUACACCAGCUGCUGCUACCCCGGCUAAGGGAUCAGAUCGUUCCCUCCAGCAGCUCUUCGCAAAGGACGAGGAGCGGGAGGACGAAGAGGAGAACGGGCAGCUCAAGCGGAUUCCAGAGGAAGAUAGCUCCGCCGAGGAGCAGGAGGAGGAGACGACGGACAAGGCAGCAGCAGCGGUCGAGGGUGGCGUGGUCCUUUUGGAGACAAUAGCCGAGGAUAGCAGCAAGGAGGAAGGAUCUGGAAAUGCUGGUGGUGUCAUUGCUCCUGCUGAGAUCGAGAAGCAAGAGCUUGAUCCCACUAGUGCUGAUGAGGAAGGCACUGGAGCUGUGAAAGGAGGCGAAGCCCCACCACAGAAAGUCGAGCAUGUUGAGGAGGAGCGGCCGAGCACACCCGAGAUUUCCGAGUCUAACAAAUCUCCACCAGCUGACGCUUCACCAGCACCAGCAAAUAAAGAGGAAGUUGUUUCCGUUGCCCCCCCGGCUGACAGUGGAUCAGAGCAAGUGGACGAGAAGCAGGUUGAUCUGAUAACGCAGGAAUCCGACAAGUUCGAGCUGGUCCUCAAGCCACAGGAGUCGGAGAAGUUUGAGAUCGAGAUCUUCGGAGGCGAAGGGGCUGUUGGAUCCGGCCAAGGCCGAGUGGUUGAAGAGAAGACGUCCACUUCCAAAGGGGCAGAGGAAGAAGAAGCAGUAGCUAGUAAGAAGGAAGCGGUACAGGAUGAAGCUGAAAAAGACGUAGUAAUACCGCCGGGUAUGGAAGAAGCUGGAAGUGAAGUAGUUGCGUUACCUGGUAAGGAUGAAGCUGGAAACGAAGAAGUAGGAGUACCACUUGGUCAGGACGAAGAAGCAGGACCUGCUCACGACAAGGAUAUAGUGCCACCUGGUAAGGAUGAAAGAAAAGAGGAAGUAGUACCACCUGGUAAGAAUGAAGCUGAAAACGAUGAAGCUACGGCUCAAGGUGGAAACGAAGCAGCAGUAGCAGUACCACAUGGUAAAAAUGAAGCUGAAAACGAUGAAGCUGCUGAAGCUGGAAACGAAGCAAUAGCAGUACCUCAUGGUAAGAAUGAAGUUGAAAACGAUGAAGCUGCGGCUGAAGCUGGAAACGAAGCAGUACCUGGUGGAAACAAUGGCAAGGAUGAAAACAGCGAGAGCAUCGAACCUGUAGGCGACAGUGGUGGAGACACCGAUAUCCUUCAGAAGGUUGAAAACAACGUCGACACGAAUGAGACGGGAGCAUCGAAACCUCGAAGUACGGCGGACGCUGCAGAGGGUAGUAAUAAAGCCUCAAGUGAGAAGGUGGACUUUGGGGCUCUGGAUCCUGACGAGGCCAGGAACGCCCAAAGCAAGGAAGAAAGUGGACAAGGCGAACCUGCUCGUGAUCAGGCUGCUGCUGCCGACGUAUCUUUGGAUGCUGGAGAAUUACACGUCGAGCCAUCACCAGACGUCGAUACUUCAGUAAAUGCGAGUACCGCUGCACAAGGCCAGGAAGAAGUCAAACCGGAAGAAUUCUUUGAGGCGUCUGAACAGAUUUCUGACCUUCCGGAGAGCAUGGAACAGAAAGCCGCGCCAGAGGUAGAGGCAGCGGCUACUCCUGUAAGACAAGAAGACACAGUUAGUAAUACGUGAAUGUUUGCCUGUUUGCGUGAUGAACGAA